CAAAUCUCGCAUUUGCACGCCAACACUCCCGGUCCCGGAUUCGCCCCUAAGCCGCCAACCACAAUCAUGAUUGCCCAGCGAGCAGGAACGACGGCGCUGCGCCGAGUGGCCGGCAACCCGAAUGCCUUCUUCACCGCCAACGUUGCCAGGCUUGGGCUGGCCCAGCCGCUUUCGACCACGCAGUCCAGGCCCGUAGCAACGCAAAAGAUCACGGCCGCCGACGAGUACGCGAUCCUGGCCAAGCAGCGCCUCAACCGGCCCGUGUCGCCGCACCUGUCCAUCUACGACAAGCAGCAGACGUGGUUCGGCGGGUCCAUCUGGAUGCGCUUCACCGGCUCCGCCUUCAGCGGCACCCUGUACCUCUUCUCGGCGGCGUACCUGGCCGCGCCGCUGCUCGGGUGGCACCUCGAGAGCGCCUCGCUGGCCGCCUCCUUCGGCGCCCUGCCCCUCGCCGUCAAGGGCGGCCUCAAGUUCCUCGCCGCCUGGCCCUUCACCUUCCACCUGAUCAACGGCGUGCGCCACCUGCUGUUCGACAUGGCCAUCGGCUUCAAGCGCCAGACCAUCAUCAAGACCGGGUGGUACAUCUGGGGCGCGUCGUUCGUUGGCGGCUUGUACCUUGCCUUCUUCUACUGAAAGGAUUCGGUUGAGCCUGGCGUGAUGGUGAGCAGCGGAGCAGGAGAGCCCCCGGGGGGGGGGGGGGGGAGGGAGAGAAGGAGAUUAGAAAAUUGGGGAGGACGAUGGGAGUGAGGCGCAAGCUGACAGGGACUUCUGCGGCUAUGGUGUCUUGAGAGGAUUGGACAAGGCACAUCAUGUAUUUGACUACACUAUCCCAAUAGGACCUGUUUCUUUGUC